CACCCGCUCGAGGACGCCCGGGCUGCAGCUCUCAGCUCUUCGUCCGCUUCGCCUCCUCCAUGGCGAGCCCCGGCUCCGGCUUCUGGCCCUUCGGGGCCGAGGAGGGCUCCGCGGCCGCCGAGAGCCCCGGCACAGCCAGAGCCUGGUGCCAGGUGGCACAGAAGUUCACGGGAGGCAUCGGCAACAAGCUGUGCGCGCUGCUCUACGGAGACGCCGAGAAGCCCGCGGACCCCGCCAGGGCAGCCCCGGGGGCAGCGGAGCCGCGGCCGUCCUGCCCCGCCUGCACCUGCGACAAGAAGCCCUGCGGCUGCCGGAGGGCCGACGUCAACUACGCGUUCCUACACUCAACAGACCUGCUGCCGACGUGCGACGGGGAGGCGGCGACGCUGUCCUUCCUGCAGGACGUGGUGGACAUUCUGCUGCAGUACGUGGUGAAAAGUUUCGACAGAUCGACGAAAGUGAUCGAUUUCCACUACCCCAACGAGCUGCUGCAGGAGUACAACUGGGAGCUGGCGGAGCAGCCGCAGACCCUGGAAGAAAUCCUCCUGAACUGCAGGACCACGCUCAAGUAUGCCAUUAAGACAGGGCAUCCUAGAUAUUUUAAUCAACUUUCAACUGGAUUGGACAUGGUUGGGUUGGCAGCAGACUGGCUGACAUCAGCAGCAAACACCAAUAUGUUCACCUAUGAAAUUGCUCCAGUGUUUGUAUUGUUGGAAUAUGUCACGCUACGGAAAAUGAGAGAGAUGGUUGGCUGGCCAGGGGGCUGUGGCGAUGGGAUAUUUUCACCUGGUGGUGCCAUAUCUAACAUGUAUGCUAUGUUGAUUGCACGUUUCAAGAUGUUCCCAGAAGUUAAAGAAAAAGGAAUGGCAGCUAUUCCCAGACUGGUUGCCUUCACUUCUGAACAUAGUCACUUUUCUGUGAAAAAAGGAGCUGCAGCCUUGGGUAUUGGUACAGAUAGUGUGAUUCUGAUUAGAUGCGAUGAAAGAGGGAAAAUGAUUCCAUCAGACCUUGAAAGAAGAAUUCUUGAGGCCAAACAGAAAGGCUUUGUUCCUUUUCUUGUGAGUGCCACAGCUGGAACAACAGUGUACGGAGCAUUUGACCCACUCAUAGCUAUUGCAGACAUCUGCAAGAAAUACAAAAUCUGGAUGCAUGUGGAUGGAGCGUGGGGUGGCGGGCUGCUGAUGUCAAGGAAGCACAAAUGGAAGCUAAAUGGUGUUGAAAGGGCCAACUCAGUGACCUGGAACCCUCACAAGAUGAUGGGAGUCCCACUGCAGUGUUCAGCCCUGCUAGUAAGGGAAGAGGGGCUGAUGCAGAGCUGCAAUCAGAUGCAUGCUUCCUACCUCUUUCAACAAGACAAGCACUACGACCUGUCUUAUGACACUGGGGACAAGGCUUUGCAAUGUGGGCGGCACGUUGAUGUCUUCAAGCUUUGGCUGAUGUGGAGGGCAAAGGGAACCACAGGAUUUGAAGCACAAAUUGAUAAGUGCUUGGAACUUGCAGAAUACCUAUACAACAAAAUAAAGAACAGAGAAGGGUAUGAAAUGGUGUUUGAUGGAAAGCCUCAGCACACAAACGUCUGCUUCUGGUAUAUACCUCCCAGCUUGCGCAGCAUGGAAGACAACGAAGAAAGGAUGAGCCGCCUCAUGAAGGUGGCACCAGUAAUAAAAGCCAGGAUGAUGGAAUAUGGCACAACCAUGGUGAGCUAUCAGCCUCUGGGAGACAAAGUGAACUUCUUCCGGAUGGUCAUCUCAAACCCAGCAGCAACUCAUCAGGACAUUGAUUUCCUGAUUGAUGAAAUAGAGCGCCUGGGACAAGAUUUAUAAUAACCGGGUGUGAAAGGCUGUUCCUGGACCUCUAAGUAGACAAUUAAGUUGUCACAAACUGUGCGAAUGUAUUUGUAGUUUGUUCCAAAGUAAAUCUAUUUCUAUAUUGUGGCGUUGGAGUAGAGUACAGUUUAAAAUCAAAAAAAACAUGGCUCCUUUAAAGUCCUUUCCUGAGUUUUAGAAUACCUCGUUAAUAAUUAGCUGCACAAAAAGCUGCAUUGAAACAAAUGAGGAAGAACAGAAGAUGUUUAAAAUUUUAUCCCAAAUUUUAACACAGUGACUAGUUUAAAUUAAAAGCAGUCAAGACCAAAUGAUGCCAAAUUUGCCCAAAAUGGUGACAAAAUCAAAUUAAGGGAAUAGGGAGAAGGUAGUGAGAAACAGAGAAUACAAGAGGUUUGUUUAAAAGUGGAAGUAUUUUGCCUUUUUCAUAGUAUUAGAACAGAAUUUCUAAUUUACCUAUAGCAGUAUUUCAAAUGUAUUUAAAUAUAGGUAUAGUUUUACAAAAGGAAAUAUAUAUAUAUAUUAAAAAACCCUAUUUUGUAAAAUAUAUAUUUUUGUUUUAUAUGGGUUAUAAAACUGCAAGGACAGAAGCUGAAAAUUAACUAGAAUUCUUUUUCUUUUGAUGGAGGUGCCUCGAAUAUUUAUUACUGCUUAUUUUAAAUCACAAGCCCACAUACAUUCUGAAGAGGUACCCGUACCUCAUUCCUCCAUGUCACAUGGAUUGUAGGUCUCCAGGGUUGAUUACUGAAAAACCUCAAGAGUACUGCAGCUCUUAAAACCACUUAAUAAGAUCAAUUACAGUACAACAAUAGGAUGCUAUUAUUCCUAAUUAUGUUUCCCUCUUGGCCUAACUAAGCAGACGCACAAUCAAUCUACAGUGCUAACCAAGACUGAAAUAAGGUUGUAUUUGGAUGGUUUCUUUGUCCUGUGGUAAAAAAGCCUAUCCAAAAAAGUCACAUGUCUGAGUAAAUGCUUAUGUCAUAACCGUUUCUGCUGUGAGCAGUACAAAACUGCACAAAAUAUGAAUUGGCUGGAAUGCUUUCUGAAGAAAGCUUCGUUAAGAGGGGAAAGGCUUCUAACAGAUGUACAGGUCUGCAGGACAAGGCCUAAACUAAACAUGACCAUAAUCCAAGUGGCAGUGAUGGAGCCUAGGUAACAAACUGCGUUGUCAAAGGUUCUCCCAGUACUGGACUUCGUCCUUGUCUGCUGCAACUUUUGAAAUCGCAGAAAAUGAAUGAGCUUAGGCCGCAUCUGCCUAGAACAUCCCACGCGGAGCCUCACCGGCCUUAGAAACCAUGGGCACGACUCUUGCAGAACUCAUUGCUGCCCCAUUCCUCACCAUUAGCAGUGACUCUAGGAUGGCAGCUGAAGUUUAUCCUCUUUUCCCCUUCAACAGCUGAAAUGUCGGUAGGAAUAAUGGGGCUCAGGUCUGUCUAUUUAUAACCCUACAGAAGUUUUGGUUUUAACUUUGCCUAUGUGGCCAACUUGUGUUUGUAAAGCAAUAUUGUUUUGCUGGCUCUAACAUACUUGAAGAGAAAAUAAAAAGAGCAAAAUGCGAUGUGGUUUUAAUUUAUUCUAAAAUACACAAAUGAAGUAUUAAUUCAACAUAAUAUCAUGAGGACAUGAAGUAAGAGGAAAUAGUGUCUGUAAUUGUGUUGCCUUUAUUAUAUUGAUAGUACUGUUUCGUCACCUCAGAUUGAGGCUGUGCACUUUAGAUUUAAACUGUACAAUGUUGCAAAUCAACAUGUGUUGCUGUAUAAGCUUGUACAAUAUAUUAUUGAUAUGUCAUUCUUUGUGCGGUUGUAGUAUUGACUCUUGAUAUUGUAAGAACUGCAUUUACGCCGGUCCCUCUGCUAUACCCUUGCUUGGUAAGAACCUCUCCUUGUCAGCUUUUAGGCAGCCCUCUCACCUCACCUCGGUGUGUCGCCAGUGCUACCUACGGUGCAUACUGUGGCAAUUUGUUCUGUAGAGGAGGUGCCAGUUCUGGCAGGAAGGACUUCCAUGUAACCUUCUCUAAAUGUGUCGCAUCCACCAGCCUAACCACUGAAAUACUGAGUAGAGCAGCAAAUUACCGUCUUUCUUGCUGUGAAAAAGGCAAGCAAAGAGCAUAAAAAUAAAAAUAAAUAGUAUGGGGACAAUGGUGAAGGUGAUCAGUAGCCUGGUUACAUCUUGCAUGUGCAAUUCUGUUUUAAAGUGCUAACUGCAUACGAUGUAUUUAUUAGCUGUGUGUGCCAAUCCAAGGUUCACGUUCGGUGUUCCAGGAGAACCAGCAUUUUUUUUCCACAUUACAAUGUUUAUUGAAGCCAGGAAGGAGCAGCACAGCAACCUGUUCUUGUGUUUGACCAAAGUAUCUUAUCUGUAUUGUUGAUCUAAAUCCAAAUAAAAGUGUAAAACGUG